CAGUUUGGUUCCAUACUUAUACACUGUGUCAUUCGAGUUCUGUCAAUCAAGAACCAAGCACGUCACCUAGAAACCAAGAAUAGUGACAAAUAGUACUAGGUAAUUGGUAUCAUCAUGAAUCAAGUUUCCAACGAGGAAAAUCCUUCAAAACUACGCAAGUUAGACGAUAAGAAUGAGCCUGAUUCGUCGCCCGUAUUCAAGUCCUUUGAUGGUUUUAAAGUAAAACGUAUUCUGAAGGAAAACCCCGAAUCAAGAUGUAUUGUAGUAGAAGGUUCAUUUAAAAGGGAUAUUUUAGAAAGUGAUUCCUCAAUGAGUGUGGUUGUCUUAGAAAAAACCCAUUUUACUGAAAAUGAAGUUAACAGUGUUCUUACAAAGAGUACCACAGUAGAAUGUCUUUUUAACAAUGAUGUCUAUUAUAAUUUACUCUGCCAUCCCCCAAUUGAAUUAAAUGGCAUUAAGGCUACUGUUAUCCAUCCUGCAACUGAAAAGCACAUUGAGAAGUACAGUGCCAAAAAGAGUUUUCUUAUUGAAGAAACACCACUGAUAUACCAAUCAGUAACACUUCCACAUAUUAGCAAAUCUAAGUUUGACCUCCAGUGGGUCUACAAUAUCUUGGAACACAAAAAAGAAGCUGAUAGGAUUGUGUUUGAAGAUCUUAAUCCUGAAUCUGGAUUCAUUCUACUACCUGAUCUGAAGUGGGAUUGCCGGUCAACUUCUAAUCUGUAUCUGACUGGCAUAGUUUGCAAAAAGGACAUCAAGUCUCUUCGUGACCUGACCUCUGAGCAUUUGCCGCUCCUGAAAAAUCUUCUUGAGAAAGGAUCGGCCGCAAUUACCGAGAAGUACGGUUUACAGAAAUCACAGCAGCGGAUCUAUCUGCAUUAUCAACCUUCAUAUUACCAUUUGCAUGUUCAUUUCACAUCCCUGGAAUUUAUUCCGCCUGGUUGCCAAGUGGAAAGGGCUCAUCUUCUUGCAAGUGUUAUACGCAAUAUUGAAUUGAAAAGUUCUUAUUAUCUUGAUUCAACACUGGAUUUCAUCAUCUUUGAAGGCGAUCCAUUACUAGAAAAAUAUCAACACUACGUUGCUCUUAACAGCAAUGGAGAUAAUAAGUGCUAUCUGUGAAGUUCAUCCUCAACUCCGAAUUGCAAACCUCUAUAUCAGAUUAUCUUCACCAAACACAACUUUAAAUGCAGCAUCAGUGGUAGACAAUUCGGUAUGUCUGGAAGACGGAGCAAAUGCCCGAAUGCUUUUGGAGUUUCCUGUAUCAAUCAAGCUGCUCGAUUAUUACAAGUUCCAACCU